AUGGACUGGACCAGGGGACCAACCAUUGGCCAUGGCUCCUCUGCCACCGUCUCCAUUGCCAAGUCUCAUGGCUCCGGUGAGCUUUUCGCAGUCAAGUCAGCCAAGCUCUCACAGUCACACUCUCUUCAGAUGGAGCAAACAAUUCUGUCUACAUUAAGCUCUGCCCAAAUUGUAUCAUACAAAGGCUGCAACACCUCCACCGAGAACGGCACCGUCUUCUACAAUCUCUUCCUCGAAUACGCACCCGGAGGCACACUCUCCGACGCAAUUCGAAGGCAAGGCGGGUGUCUAAACGAGGCCGCGAUCAGAUCCUACACGAGGCAAAUUCUACUUGGGCUGCACCACCUUCACUCUAAUCAAAUUGCUCAUUGCGACAUUAAGGGUCAGAAUGUUUUGGUCACAAAUAAUGGGGCGGACGUGAAGCUCGCUGACUUGGGUUGCGCCAAGCGCGUAAAUUUUGAUCAUGGGUUGCCAACUGGGGGGACACCUGUGUACAUGGCGCCGGAGGUGGCUCGCGGAGAGCAACAGGGACUCGCCGCCGAUGUGUGGGCUCUGGGAUGCACGGUGAUCGAGAUGGCCACCGGGCGGGCUCCGUGGCCUUGUGUUUCCGACCCUGUAUCGGCCAUGUACCGAAUCGGGUUUUCCGGUGAAGUGCCGGAGAUACCAAGCUCUCUGUCGAAGCAAGGCAGGGACUUUGUCACCAAGUGUUUGAUGAGGGACCCAAUGGAGAGGUGGUCAGCUAGUGAGCUUCUCAAGCAUGGAUUUUUACUUGAGGCACCCAAUUAUUUGCUCAGUCCCACAGCUGUGCUAGAUCAUGGUUUGUGGGAGGAGGAGUUUGAUUUGGGUUUGGAACACAUUUGGGAACCGACCCAUCAAAGUGGUUGCUCAAAUUCGGCUAGGGGAAGGAUCCGACUGUUGAGUGAAAGCAAAGCGGCAUCGUUUUCAGGAGUGACCAAUUGGCCUUGUGAUGAUGAAGAUACUUGGGCCACAGUGAGAAGCAACGACAUUGAACAUCCAGAUACGACGCUCCAUUGGAACGAAUAUAAAGCCAAUGAUAUUUAUGACGACAAGCCUCAGCCAACAAAAACAAAUGCAAAAACUACUAGUAGUGGUGGGUUGGGUUUAGACACUAGUGAGGCAGCUAAUUUUAGCAGUAGACAGAGGAAGAAGAGCAGGGCUUGGACAACCUCCAAAUGUAACCAAUAUGUUUUCUGUGGAAAUCUGAAUUUUGUAAACAAGGAAUUAAGGUUGUUUAUUGAUCAGCUCCUUAUAAUUAUACACGGUUUUCCUUCUCUUAUUCUUUCACACAGCCUAGGCAUGACCCAUCAUACCUUCAUUUCAUAG